AUGGCAGAGAAGUACACCGUCACUGUCCGCGGUCGCGAUUCAGACACGUACGCACGUCGAUCACGUCCCGGUACCAGCACCAAGAGGCGAGCAAACAUGCACCCUGCGAGGAGGAGUUAG